AUGACCGCGGAUAUGGAGACGGCACUGUUGAGUCUUUACCAAGAGUUUAUCUGUUUCUAUGCCCGCACUAUCCGUUUCUUUCGGAAUUUCAGACAACCGUUUAUGAUGCGCAGCUCAUGGCCCACCCUCCAGGGCGAUUUUCAACGAACGAUCCAACGAGCUAAGCGCCUAUCUAACAAUAUCGAGCGCGAGAUUGAGCUCAGUAGAAUGCGACUCGAUAACCAGAAAUACCAUGUGGUUCUCGAUUUCAUGGCGAGUUUCAAAUCCCAGAUUCCGAAGAAUGGCGAUCAAGUUUCGCACCAUCUUCCUUUCGUGGAAUGCUCCCAUUUCUAUGGUAGAGAUGAUAUUCUUUGCCUAAUAGAUGAAGCGCUAUUUGUGCAACCUUCUGCCCGCUCACUUCGAUCCUUCGCGUUAUAUGGCAUGGGAGGAGUCGGAAAGACACAGAUCGCAUUGAAGUACGCCAACGCAUCGCGUGAAAAGUUCGAUAAUAUUUUCUGGAUUUCAGCCCAGAAUUCGAUAACAAUUGGACAAAGCUUUCGAAAUAUUUCAAAGGUACUCGGUUUGAUUGAACUAGACACAGAGCUGGACGACCAUGCCACCAUUCUCAAAGUCAAAGACUGGCUAUCAGCCGCAAAGACCAGCUGGCUCCUUAUAUACGACAAUCUUAAUGACUUGAGCUUGAUCAAGCAUGCUUGGCCGGCAGGAUAUGGAGGGUCCGUCCUAGUUACCAGUCGAGACUCAAGUGCGGCCUUGUAUCCCGCCUCGUCGGGAUGUCAAGUACACGCUUUUGAUACGGAUAAUGGGACCGCCGCGUUGCUCCACCUACUCGGAUUGGAUUCUGAGUCUACAUCUCAUCAAGCCGAAGCUAAGCUAAUCACUUCAGAGCUUGGAGGUCUGCCUCUGGCGCUCAACCAGAUCGGCGGAUUUAUCGCCCAACGGCAAAUGUCCCUGAAGAGUUUUCUCGGCUUCUACGACCGAAAUUCAACUACUGUCGAUGCUGAGCGUCCAGAAAGUAUGGAUUGCAGUCAAACACUCGCAAGUGUGUGGGAAAUGGCGCUGAGCGACCUUUCCCGGAAUGCUAAGGUCCUGAUCAUGAUUUUAUCAUUCCUAGACCUCAAUGGUAUAAAUGAGACAGAUCUGAAAAACGGCACGGUUCUAGCAAAUGACGCAGCCGUGAGGUUCAUGAUGGAUGAGAUAGACUUUUUAGAUGCCCAGAGAGACCUCCUCCAAAGAUCUCUCAUAGACAAGUCCAGCGAAAGUGGAGUGAUUUCCAUGCAUCGGGUUGUUCAGCGUGUCGUCAUCCGUCGAAUGAGCGACAAAGAGCGAGACGAAACCUUUUUGCUCGCUAUAGCCAUCGUUUCCGCAAACUUCCCAGAUACAUACAGCGCAGAUAUCGGUCACCAGAUUGCCUCCUGGAACGAUUGCAAGAAGAACAUGACCCACAUUGAGAGCAUUGUGAGCAAAGGGACUGAGUUCAAGAUCUUUGAAGGGGAGAAUCAACCAUUUGCGGAGCUUCUGCUCCGCUGCUCCUGGUAUCUGUAUGAGACAGAGAAUUACAGUCUCGCUCGUUCGUAUGUCGACAUCGCUCUGCAGAAAUUUGUCGACAAAGAUUCCCUUGCGUAUGCCAGUGCAGUGGAUCUUGGAGGUUUAAUCGAUCUUGACAUUUGCCAUCCGUCGGCCGCACUGGAGGCCUUCGAAAAAGCAUACGCACUACGCACAUCAAUCCUUCCGAGCGAUGACUUGUUUCUGGCUGCCAAUCAGGUCAAUUUAGGACUUGCUCUCACUGAGAUUGGCGAGUUUGAAAAGGCUCAUGACUAUCUCCAGCAGUCAAUCGAUAUCCGGCUCAUGCACAACAGUGACAGGAUUGGUAACUCUUACAGUAACAUGGCCAGUUUGUUAUUGAGGAUGGGAAAGCCCGACGACGCUGAAGCUACACUCAAGAGCUGCCCAUCAUUGAAGGACUUUUCAGAUGAGACAUUUCUCGAAACCGGAAAUCCUAGGUUCUCUGGAGAUAUGGUACUAUUGAGCAGAAUAAGAAACGCCCAAGGGCUUCACGACGAAGCACUCAAGUUUGCAUCCGAGGCCUUAGAUUUCCGAAGGAAGUGCUCCAGUGAACGGCUCAAGGUCUGCGACUCGCUUUAUCAAGUGUCGGUUCUUCGGCACAAAAUAGGCGAAUUGGAGCUUUCCCAACAACUACUUCAAGAGUGUAUCAUGAUAUCUGAGGCCCUUCCCCAAGCUGAGGGCCUAGGACAUCUCGCACGGGCAAGCUACAAGAUAUCGCAAGUUCUGGCAGACCUUGGAAAACCCGAGGAAAGUACAUUUUAUCUUGAGAAGGCGAUCGAUAUACGAGGAGAGUUCAUGAAGCUGGAUGGAGAUUACGUUGUUGUGAACGGAGGUGCCUCGGAUUUCGAAAACCUGGUCCCGUGGAUGCUGUGGUGA